AUGGCCGCCCAAUACACCGUUCCCGUCGGAAAACCCGCCAACGAGCACGAAACCGCCCCCCGUCGUAACGCGCGUUGCGCCGACGCGCCGCUGUCGCGGCCCGUCGGCAGCAAGGCGUCCACCGUCUACGAGUAUCUCAUCGAGUGCUUCGAAAAGGGCGGCGACCGCAAAAGCAUGGGCUGGCGUGACACCGUCGAGAUCCACGAGGACAAGAAAACCAUCACGAAAAUCGUGGAUGGCAAAGAAACCCCGGUCGAGAAAACCUGGUACUACUACGAGCUUUCUCCGUACCGCUACACGUCGUACCGCGAGCUUACGGCCCUGAUGCACGACUACGGCCGCGGGCUCGUCGACAUGGGCCUCGCCCCCGGCGGCGACGACCGCCUCCACAUCUUUGCCUCCACGUCGCACCGGUGGAUGAAAACGUACCUUGCCGCGCAAUCGCAGGCGGUGCCCAUUGUCACCGCGUACGACACGCUGGGCGAGAAGGGCCUCAUCCACUCCAUGGUCCAGACCGGCUCCAAGGCCAUCUUCACCGACAACGCGCUGCUCCAGCGUCUCGUGCGCCCCGUGCAGGAGGCCCACGACCUGCAGUACAUCAUCCACUCCGAGGCCCUCGACCCCGCCGACAACCGCGCCCACGGCCGUCUCUACAAGGAGGCGCGCGACGCGCUCGACGAGAUCCAGAAAGUCCGUCCCGACAUCAAGGUGUACUCCAUGGACGAGGUCAUCGAGAUGGGCCACGCCGCCGCAGACCGCAUCGAGCCCCACCCUCCUUCUCCCGAGGACGUGUCGUGCAUCAUGUACACCUCCGGUUCCACCGGUGAUCCCAAGGGUGUGGUGUUGAAGCACCGCAACAUCCUUGCCGGUAUCGCGGGUGUCGCGUUCAUCGCCGACCGCCGCUUCAUCGGCGAAACCGACCGUAUCAUCGCGUUCUUGCCCCUUGCCCACAUCUUCGAGCUGGCCUUCGAGCUCAUCGCCUUCUACUGGGGUGGUGUGAUAGGUUACGCCAACGUCAAGACCAUCUCCGACAACUCCGUGCGCAACUGUAAAGGUGACAUGCGUGAGUUCAGACCCACCAUCAUGGUUGGUGUGGCCGCGGUGUGGGAAACCAUCAGAAAGGGUAUUAUGGCGCAAGUUGAAAAAUUGCCAUACUUGAGCCAAAAAGUGUUUUGGGGUGCCUACCGCGCGAAGUUAAAGAUGAAGCAGUACCACGUGCCGGGCGGUGACACCCUCGGCAACAUCGUCUUCAAGAAAGUGAGACAGGCCACUGGUGGAUGUCUCAGAUACGUCUUGAACGGUGGUGGUCCGCUAAGUCUCGACGCCCAACAGUUCAUCACCACUCUUCUAUGUCCUAUGUUGAUUGGUUACGGCUUGACCGAGACCGUUGCAAACACAUGUGUACUUGCUCCCGACCAUUUUGAAUACGAUGUUCAAGGUGACUUGACCGGUGCAGUGACCGUGAAAUUGGUGGAUGUUGAAGAAAUGGGCUACCUCGCCAAAAACAACCAAGGUGAGGUCUGGAUCAAGGGUGACCCUGUCAUGCCAGAGUAUUUCCAAAACGAAAAGGAAACCAAGAGUGCUUUCACCGAGGAUGGUUGGUUCAUGACCGGUGACAUCGCAGAAUGGAGACCCAACGGUCACUUGAAGAUCAUUGACCGUAAGAAGAACUUGGUUAAGACCAUGAACGGUGAAUACAUCGCUUUGGAAAAACUAGAAAGUGUUUACAGAUCUAACCCAUAUGUGCAAAACAUUUGCGUUUACGCUGAUCAGAACAAAGUGAAGCCUGUUGGUAUUGUGGUCCCCAACUUUGAACGUUUGGGUGACUUGGCCGUCAAUUUGGGACUAAUCAAGGACAAAAGCGAGGUUGAAAACGUUUUGGAAGACCCCAAGUUGAGAAAGUCAGUCUUGAACGAUCUGUUGAAGACCGGUAAGUCGCAAGGUCUCGGAGGUAUCGAGCUUCUCUUGGGAAUAGUUUUCUGUGAGGAAGAAUGGACUCCUCAAAAUGGUUUUGUUACAUCUGCGAUGAAGUUGCAAAGAAGAAAGAUUCUGGCUUCUGUUCAAGAUCUAGUCGACGAUUUGUACUCAAAGAACUGA